UCUUUAUCCUUUUAUUUUCUUGUUUCACUACUAUUACAGCGGACAGUGCCCAGUUUGCAACCGUCAGUUGGAGGACAGCAAUCUCACUGAAGAGGAGUACAAUAAUCUCAGAGAAAGAAUAAUAAAGGAUGUGAUACAUGGAACUGACACUUUCAGAAAGACAAGCCCACAGGAAUUUGAAGCCUUUCAAAAAUUUGUGGAAAGUCGGCUUCCAUUUGAUAUUGUUAUUGAUGGACUCAAUGUUUCCCACAUAAACCUCAGAAAGAUGCAGUGUGAAAAUCUAUUUAAUGCUGUCAACUACCUGGCAAAAAAGAAUACCCGGUUGCUUGUGCUGGGCCGCAAACACAUGCUGAUUAACUCUUCAAAUUGGAAAAAAGAGAUUAUGGAGGAGAUGCAGAAUAAGGCAGACUUCUUCUUUGCUGAAAAUAUCUCUGAAGAUGAUGCCUUCUUGUUAUAUGCCACACUUCGAUCAGGCAAGCAUUGCAAGUUUGUUACUAGAGACUUCCUCCGGGAUCACAAGGCUUGCCUUUCCGACAGCCUGACACGUCAUCUGUUCCGUAAGUGGCAGCGUGGACAUCAAAUAGCAUUUUUCCCCUCUGCAGAAGGAAAGCAUAUACAUUUUUUGCCUGCCUUACGUUAUGACUGUGUGGUACAGACUACAGGUGAUACCUGGCAUAUCCCCUAUAAAGACACUUUUGAGGAAAAAUAUUCCUAUCGAGUACCAAGAAAAUGGCUCUGCAUCCAACAGAAAUGA